UAGAAGUAGCUUUUGAAGAAGAGAGGAAAGAGAGAUAUGGAAAAAGAGUAUCCACAUGAUCUUUACAAGGAGUGCUUGAGAAACCAUGCAGCCAGCCUAGGCAGCUACGCCACCGAUGGCUGCGGUGAGUUCACCCUUGACAAAACCUAUCCUUCAACCCUACAAUGCGCUGCAUGCGGUUGCCACCGCAAUUUCCACCGCAAAGUCAGCCAUUGCAGCAGCAGCAGGAGUCGUGGGGAUCCAGAAAACACCGUAGAACUGAUUGCUUAUGGAGAUGGUGGCGGCAGCGGAGGAAAGGGGCCAGUUACGGUGGAGUCAACCAAGGCAGCAGACAGAAGCGGGAAGAAGCGGUUUCGGACGAAAUUCACGACGGAACAGAAGGAGAAGAUGUUGGGAUUUGCUGAAAAGUUGGGGUGGAAGCUGCAAAGGAGAGACGAGGAAGAUGAGGUAGAGAAGUUUUGUAGAGCAAUCGGGGUGAGUAGGCAAGUCUUCAAGGUGUGGAUGCAUAACCAUAAGAACUCUUCCUCCGCUUCGUCUGUGUCUACUUACAAUGCAUCUUCUCUUACAACUCAAUAGAGAAAUCCGGGAUCUCAUACUUAAUUUUCUCUAUCUUUUUGUAAUUUAUGUUAAUCCUCUUUCUUCA